UUUAUUGGUUCUUUAUAUACUUAUUUCUAAAAAAAUAUCAAGAUAGAUUUUUCUUUGCUUGUAUAAUUUAUCGUUAAAAAUGUGAUAAUUCUUGUAGUUAAGACCACAUUUUUUGUUUCUUCCUAUAGUUAUGAUUUUAAAAAAUUCCUAGAGUUCAGUAAAUUUCAUCCAGUUACUGAACCUUAGAUUCGCAUGUGCGAGUGUCUCACACGUGCCAAGUCAAAUCGAAAUUGAACAAUUCUCCCACAAAGGUGAGUGAUAAGCUCGGGACUUAUCUCUUAAACUAAACAACGUAAAAACAUAAGAAAAACAGAGUAAAUAAAGUAAUGCGCCGAUCGUCGACGGAGAGUAUGAGAUGAGAAGAGAAAUUGAUAUUGAUAUUGUUUGAUAUCUACUGUAGAUGAUUCGUCUUGACAAAGAGGAAGGAGGCUGCUUGACAUCGACCACCCUGAAAGUCCUUUUGGUACAAAGGAAUCUCCUGCUGUCGUACAGUCCUACUUUGACAAGAGAAAUAUCGGAUGCCGUGGUGGUGAAGGCGAGGAUGGACACGACGUCGUUUGGUUCUGGCUAGAUAAAGGAAAGUCAUUUGAAUGUCCAGUGUGCUCCCAAUACUUUGAGCACGGACCACCAGACGGUCAUGGUGACGAUGAAGACCACCACCAUUGAUUCCGGUCUUUUCUUAACGGCGAAAUGUUUUCUUCUAUUGUAGUGAGUGGAAUAAAUAUUUCUCGUUGGUGAAAACACUUAAAUAUGUUUUUUUUGAUCCUCGAGAAGACACCACCACUUUAUUUGCCUCAGGCUCUAACCCUUUUUGCUUUCUUGAGACUUUUGUUUUUAUGAAUGAUUCUCGAGUCAGAAUCAUUCUUCUUUUUUUGAAUUAUAUAAUAUAUAGUUUUUGGUGUUCACGGUGUGUAUGUUUUGUGGUAAAAAGUAAAAGCCUAGAGAAUGUUCUUCCCCCCUUUAAUCCAAAUUGGCUUGUCGUCGAUGUCGACGUACCGAUUUUUUUCA